CAAAUAAAACUGAACAAUGUAUGUGUAUAACGUCAGUAUACUCUAUUUACUGUAACCAGAAGGCAGUUUCGUCACAUGUUUAGUCAUGUCUUUUAUUGAGUUUUCAGUCAACGAGAUAAAAUGUAAAGUUGACAAUAGCUUACCGCGGGACACAACUCUCAACGCAUACAUACGCUAUCACCUGGCGUUGCCUGGCACCAAGGCUAUGUGCCAUCAAGGAGUGUGUGGCGUGUGUAUAGUGAUGGUGCGUGCGUACAGACAGACCAGCGGUACCAUUGAAACGUUCUCCGUCAACUCGUGUCUCGUGCUUGCGUUGUCCUGCAAUGGCUGGGAGAUAACCACAAUAGAAGGAGUCGGUAACCGAAAAGAUGGCUACAGCGACGUACAGAGACGUAUUGCGGCAUUAAACGGAACCCAGUGUGGAUACUGUACUCCUGGCUGGGUCAUGCAAAUGCACAGCCUACUACAUAAAAAUCUUACGAUGUCCGAGCUGGAAGAUUCAUUUGGCUCUAACACCUGUCGCUGCACAGGAUACAGACCUAUACUGGACACCAUCAAGUCCUUUGCGUCAGACGCAAACAAAGAUCUAUGUAGCAAAGUCAAAGAUAUUGAAGAUCUAAAAAUUUGCCCGAAAUCCAACAGAAAAUGCUCAAUAGAUAGUAAUUCGAGCGACUGGUGUUUACUAAAUUACGAAUGUGUUACAAGUAAUGAAAUUAUUUGCAUAAAUAACAAAACAGAAGUUUUUUUCAAAGUGUACACAGUUGAUCAAAUAUUACAAGUUAUUCGGGAAAAUGGAAGUAAUUUUAUGCUCGUCGAUGGAAAUACCGCAAAAGGAGUUAUUAAAAAUUUCCAGUAUCCCAAAAUUCUAAUAGAUAUUAGUGAUGUGACGUCACUGAAACAAUACACAUUUGAACAAAACUUUGUCGUGGGUGCAAAUACUUCUAUACAAGACUGCAUAACAAUCUUUAGUAAUGAAGCUAAAACGAGGGAACAGUUUCAAUAUUUUGAACAAUUUGUUAAGCAUUUAGAAUUGGUAGCACACAUACCAGUACGAAAGAUUGGUUCAUUGGCUGGAAACAUGAUGAUAAAACACAACGACCCAACUUAUCAGUCUGAUAUAUUUCUGUUGUUUGAGGCUGUUGGUGCUACUGUCACUGUUUGCAACUCUAAUGGUAAUAGUAAAGUACUGUCCUUACCUGCAUUCCUUCAAUAUGAUAUGAAAAAUUCACUCAUAUUGAAUUUUAAAUUACCACCCCAGGGUAAAAACCACAUCUUCAAAAGUUAUAAGAUAAUAUCAAGGAAUCAAAACGCAUUGGCGAUUGUCAAUACAGCGUUCUAUAUUAAAAUUAAUCCAAAUACUUCAGUGUUUGAAGAAACCAGCAUUGUGUAUGGUAACAUAUCAGGAAGCUUUAUCCACGCGAAUAAAACAGAAAAAUAUAUCACUGGGAAAAAUGUGUUUAACACAGAGACUCUGCAAAGUGCUAUAAAAAUAUUGGACCAAGAGAUCGACCCUGCAGAAGAGCCAGUUGAAGCGACACCAAAGAUCAGAAAGAAGCUUGCUAUUGGAUUGUUUUAUAAGUUUAUUUUAAGCAUAUGCCCUCAGGAGUUAUUAUCGUCUCGUUAUUCUUCGGGAGGUACUCUUAUAUCUAGGCCUCUCUCUUCCGGAAAGCAAUAUUAUCAAACUGAUAAGGAUCUGUAUCCACUUAAUCAGCCAGUCCAAAAACUAGAAGCAGUGAUACAAAGUUCAGGAGAGGCGCAAUACGUCAAUGAUAUACCAAUGAUGUAUAAUCAGGUGUUUGCAGCAUUCGUUCUGUCCAAAGUUUGUAAAGGAAAAGUGGAUCUCAUAGAUAUCGACGAUAUUGUUGACCACUCUGGAUUCAUUGCUUUUUUCACUCCAAAGGAUAUACCCGGAGUGAAUUCAUUUACGUAUCCAAGUAUUUAUCUUCAGACUGAAGACGAAGAAAUUAUGGCUAGCGAUAACAUAAAAUUUUAUGGACAGCCUGUCGCUAUAGUUGUCGCCAAUAGUGAACAAUUGGCUGCCGAGCUUGCUAGAAAAGUAAAAGUUACAUAUAAAUCAGAAGACAGUAAACCUGUUCUUACCAUUGACGAGGCAAAGGAAGACAAAGAUAGAUAUAUGGCUGGCGGUGAUGACGCAACAAUAAAACCUAAAGGCAAAGGAACCGAUGGAAAAACAGUUAUAAAGGGUAAGUACGAAAUCGAGGCCCAAUACCAUUAUUACAUGGAGCCCUUGUCCUGUGUGGUGAUACCAGUCGAUACUGGUCUAGAAGUAUACAGCACCACUCAAUGGAUGGACUUGGUACAGAUCGGCGUCGCUAGAUGCUUGAAAAUCAAAGAAAGCGAUGUUCACGUUAUGGUGCGUCGCAUUGGCGGUGGCUUCGGCGGCAAGAUAAGUCGCAACAACCAAGUGGCGACCGCCUGCGCGCUUGUAGCCAGGAAGCUCGACCGACCCUGCAGGUUUAUACUGCCCAUAGAAACCAAUCUUGACAUAGCAGGCAGGAGACUACCUUCCCAACUUGAAUAUGAGGUAUCUGUUGACGAGAAUGGCAAAAUACAGUAUCUAAACGCAACGAUAAUUGAAGAUGAUGGGUGCUCUCACAACGAGAAUAUUCUAAGUUACACAAAAGAUGGUUUUAAAAACUGUUACAAUUACGACAACUUCUCAUUGAACACUGGAGCUGUUGUCACGGAUUUGCCAUCUAAUACAUUUGCUAGGGCACCAGGUACGGCAGAAGGAAUCGCGGCUAUAGAACAUAUAAUGGAACGUAUCGCUUUUACAUUACAAAUAGACCCUACAAAGGUCCGACUAGCAAAUAUGACAAAUGAGGACAAUGAUCUACCAAGUCUCAUUGAAAUUUUGAAAAAUGAAUCCGAUUACGAGAAGAGAGAAGAUGAAAUUAAACAGUUUAAUAAAGAUAAUCGCUGGAUAAAGAAGGCAAUAAAUUUAUUUGUUAUGAGUUUUCCAGUUACUUAUUACGGGAAUUAUUCCGCUUUAGUAUCGAUAUAUAGAGGAGAUGGAACAGUUACAGUAACUAUGGGUGGUGUUGAGAUGGGACAAGGAGUUAACACAAAAGCAGCUCAAGUUUGUGCCUAUGAAUUAAAAAUACCAUUGGACUAUGUUACCAUCAUACCUAAUUAUUCUUUUGUAGCUGCGAAUAACGUGUUUUCCGGUUCAAGUAUCGUAAGCGAGAGUGUCUGCUAUGCCAUAAUAAAAUGCUGCAAAACAUUGAAUGAUCGCUUGCAACCAGUUCGAGAGGAAAUGAAAAAUGCGACUUGGCUGGAUGUGGUCCAAAAGGCCGGAAACGACGAAAUAGAUUUGGUUGCAGAAUACAUGAUGAAUGAUACGGAACCUGAUUUAGAAGGGUACAAUGCAUUUGCUGUGACGAUAUGUGAAGUAGAAGUAGACGUGUUAACAGGAAGGUAUCAGAUUAAUAGAGUAGAUAUCUUGGAGGAUGUAGGAUUGAGUACUAAUCCUACUAUUGAUGUUGGACAAGUAGAAGGAGCUUACGUUCAAGGCUUAAGUUAUAAUACUUUGGAGAAAUUUAAAUACAACAUAAAAACUGGGGAAUUGCUCAACGAUAGAGCUAUAAAUUACGAGGUGUAUUUGGCAAAGGAUAUACCUGUUGAUUUUAGAAUAAAACUUCGAUUUAAUUCGAAGAAUCCUAAAGGAGUUCUUGGAUCUAAAGCUGUUGGUGAAAUGGGUAUUUGCACAUCAUUUGGAAUAUGUUACGCACUGAGAGGCUGUAUAAUGGCGUCGCGCGCAGAUUCAGGAUACAAAAGAGAAUGGAUUGAUAUUGAUUUCCCGUGCGACCCAGAGGCGAUACUGAAGGCUUUGGAUGUAAAAUUAAGUGAAUUAACUAUCUCGUGAUUUAAUAAACACCACAUAAAGUACCACAGAAUAAGCAAUACAUUCGUAGAGUCCUUUGUCCAUACCUUAUCUAACUCGUUUUAAUUUUUAUCUUAUUGAAUUAUAAUGUUUUAUCUAAGCAUUAAUAAAUAAUAAAACUUUUAAAGAAAA